GUUCCUCUCAGGCACACAAACUGCUACCAAAGGAUUCAACAUACCAAGUCAGUAAUAUCACAGAUUCAAAGGCCAACUCGCAGGGCCUGCAAGCAACACAAUUAUUCUAUCAUGGUUGACAACAUUGUCUCAAAGCCUCUCGGGUUAGUUCUGAUUGUAACAGUUCACAUGGUUUUCAACGGCCCCAUCCCAGCGGAGGUCACUGGGAGCCUCGGCACCAACAUCACCUUUCAAUUCACAUUUAACACGAGUGUCACAAAACAUUUUGCAGUUUACACAACAAACCACACAAAGAUUGCUGAGUAUUCCCAGGGCAACAGAAGGAAAAGAGAAGGCGAUUUUGAUGUCCAUCCUGAAAAUAAUUAUGUGCUUUGCCACAUUACAAAUCUCAAACUACAUCACAGUGGAAUUUACUGGGCCACUCUGUUCAUGGACUUAGGACUCCCCAUAGAAAGUAAUAAUAAGGUGCAGCUCAUCGUCCGAGAGGAGAACAGAAUCAACACAGUUCCUCCAAUGGCGAAUGACAUCACAAUAAUAGAUAGUGGAAGUCCCAGUUUCUUUUCCACUCACAUCGUCACUGUCCUUGUGGUUCCACCUGUAGUGCUGUUGGCGGCAGUACUUCCCUUGUUGAUCUGGUGUCUCAUGAGAACCAAAGACAAACAACCACCACAUGAACAACACAGCUCUAAUCCCACAGUACAAGAAACAGUUGAGGCAUCAAACAAUGUGCCCACCCCCCCACUGGUCUACAGCGUCCUGGACUUUCCCAAAAGAUCUGCGGCAGUUUUGGAGAUCAAUCCAAGUGGAACAGAGUACUCUGCUGUCAGCUAUCUCUCAGAAAAGAGACAAGUGUGACAUGCAGCUGAAACCAAACGCCCUCUCUUGGUUUGGGUAAGGGUAUGCAAGAUGACUUAUACAUCUAGAAAUAUAUUUCUAGUGAGUGUGAUAAAUGCUUUUUUUUAAUAACACAAUGAUGAAUCCUCACAGCAUGUAUUGCAAUAAUUUACAAGCAAAGGAGUCACUGUUCUGCUUUGGUUGUGAGUGUGUAGGUGGCACUUUGAUUGUGGUGGUCGUGAGAUUGAAUGUUGACAUUGCUGCGACAAACCACGAACCAGCACACAUAAUGUCACAAUAACAAACCAUCAUUUUGAUUUGGUUUGGUUUAUGUUUGUUCUUUAUUUGUCUCAGGAUCAUCUGUCCACUAAACUCUGAAAUGCAAAGUCUGUUAAAUUGUUUGUUUUCUUUGACCAAUGCCAUUAAAAGACCAAAACAAUGACAAAGUCUGAUCUAUCUUACUCCUCCUUGCCAUAGACCUCCAGUGUUAUCCAAAAAAUAUUAAAAACACACCUGGCAGCUUCACAAUUGCACCGGUUGACAUGUUUCUAUUCAUUUGAUGAACAGGGGCACUGUAGUCUAUUUUGAGUCCCACAAAAAAACAUGCUGCUGAAAAUACUCACUGGAGCACCAAAUGUGUAUUAAUGCGCCACCGAAAGUAGUCCCACAAAAAUUUAUUAUACUGUAUAUUCUUAUUUGAAUAACAUUUUGUAAAACUACAGUGCCCAGUUGUUUUGAAAAAUUAAUACAUUUUGUAGCUUUUUUAUUUUUUAUUACAUAUAAUACAUAUAUUUGUGUCUUCAAUCAAAUAGGCUUUCAGCUGAGUACCACAGACUAUGGAGGGGCAGUCAGAAAGUAUUGAGCGAUGGACUAAUAACAGAUGGAUAAAAACAAAAACAUAAAAGAAGGCCAUGCUUAUCCUCUUAGCCUCAACAAAAGCACCUGUAGCAAACAUUACCUUGUGUGUGUGUGGACUGAUGACUCACAAGAUAUAAUACUAUUUACUCAUGCUUAUUAGAGACUAUAAGUGUUUAAAGCUCAAUUACAUUUAUUUCAAAAAUGAAAUUCAACCAUUCAACUUUUCUUCUCUUCAUUCAAAUGAAAUGCUAAACUUGGCUAUAGUGACAUCUAUGACUUAUUAUUAUUAUUAUUAGUAUUAGUAUUAGUAUUAUCUUCAACCUAGAGGUGUUAUAUCUUCAUGAGCUCCCUUUGGGUUUCAGGAUGAGUCAUUUUGAUAUUUUCUGUCAAUGAUUUGUUUUUCAUCAAAGCAUUCAUCACAGUUAGACUCAGAGUUUCCAAUAUUAAAAUAAACAGAAUUAAGAACCAUUAGUGAAAUAAAAUAGUCUUAGCAAAUGGUGAAAUUGUAUUUGUAGUUUAAAGCGCUCAGCUCCAGAGUAAUGUAUAUUCAAGUGAUUUUCCAUUUACUGUAUGCACAGUUUGAGACUGUCACACCAAUUCCACACAUACAAUAGCUAUCUGACACUAUCUCACUGCCA